AUGGCUACAUUUGACACUGCGCAUAAUUAUACCGAUUCUUUCUUGGGUUUAGCAACCCAAUUAGGAAUAUCUGCCUCCAUCUCCUUGUAUUGUUUAUUACAAUUUGAAUGGAAUCGAAGGAAAAAAUCAAUGCAAUAUUUAUAUACUCCAAGGACAAGGCUAGCAAAAAAUCCUUCACCACCAAUACCAUCAGGUUUAUUUUCAUGGAUAAGGGCAACUAUAUUCUUAUCAGAUGAAUUUUAUUUAAAGAAUGUUGGACUUGAUGCAUUGAUGUAUAUUCGAUUUUUAAGGAUGGCAUUUCAAUUUGUACUACUUAAUGCCCUUACUGUUGGGUUAAUUCUAAUGCCAAUACAUUAUACAUAUAAUAAUAAAGAUGGAGACAAAAAAGAGGACGACGGUGUAACAAGACUUUCUGUUAGUAAUAUUUCUUCUGACGAUAUCAAUAUUUUGUGGGCCCAUGCAGUUUGUACGUAUAUAGUGAGCAUUAGUUGGAUGUUCCUUUCAUAUAAAAACUAUUAUGAUUAUAUGAAUUUACAUCGGCAACAUCUUAUGGAUCAGGUGUCGGAUGGUUCAAUAUCCGUACGGACUGUUAUGGUAUCUAGAAUACAUAAAGAUUUAAGAUCUGAAGAGAAACUUCAAGAAUUUGUUAGCAAUCUUGGAUUAGGUGAAGUGGAGUCUGCUAGAAUGGUAAGACAUACUGGAAAAUUAGAUCGAAAAAUCUCUAGGAGAGAAAAUGCACUUUUAUCGUUAGAAAAAGCCCAUAUUCAGCUUGCAAAAAAUGUUUGUAAUGCUAUAAAAAGGAAGAAGUUACUUGGGACUGGGUUUUGGUCAAAACUAUUUGGUUAUUCUAGUGAAAUACCUACUUUGGCUCUUGAAACAGGUGAAAAUCAAAAAAUUCAAAAUCUUUUUGAUUGGUUAGAUCCACGAAAAAAGAGACGUGCAAAUACAAGUGAAGCAUCAGAGAAUAAUGAAAAUGUGAUCAGACAUUCUAAACAUUCCACAUCCGAAACUUUCACAAGUGAUGAUUUAAUGGAUCGUGAAGAUGGAUAUGGACGUCAAUUCCGAAUUUGGAAUGCUCUUCAUCAUAUAUCCAAGGAUAAUCUUGAUAAAUUUCAGCCAAAACACAGAACCGGAUUUCUUGGAAGUAAAAAACGUGUUUAUUCUAUUGAUCAUUUCUUAAAGAAAUUUAAUUUCCUUGAUCGUCGUAUCGCUGAAUUACGUUCAAAGUCGAUCCAAGAUCCUCCUUAUAAGGCUACAAGUACAGGAUUUGUCACGUUUAAAGAUCAUAUCGGUGCGCAAUUAUGUGCUCAAAGCAUAAUGUGUUCAGUACCCCAUACUUGUACAACAAGGAUGGCUCCUGAGCCAAGAGACAUUCUUUGGGAUAAUUUGACAAUGUCAUUCAAAGAAAAAUUAUUUCGUUAUCUCUUUGUAAAUGCUUGUGUCUGGGCAUUGACUAUCUUUUGGCUUUUUCCAAUCGUUGCCUUCCUUACCCUCACAUCUAUCAAUUCACUCUCCGAAAGAUUUGAAUUUCUAAAACAAUUCUUUUUGACAUCGCCAACUAUAUCGACAUUACUUCAAAAUGUACUACCAACCGUAUUGGUUUCAUUCUUUAUGGCAAUUUUGCCUUGGAUUCUGAUGGAAAUAUCAAAGCAAGAAAGUUUUUCUUCAUAUUCGGAACUUGAAGAAGCUGUUUUAAUACGAUAUUAUCAUUUUUCAUUUUUCAACGUGUUCCUUGUGUUCUUACUGGGUAUCACAUUUUUACAGUCCAUUGUUAAGGUUCUUGAUAAACCCACAUCCAUUCUUGACGUUUUAGCUACCAAUAUGCCUAAGGGAGCCACAUUUUUCAUAAAUUAUAUCAUAUUUAGUACCUGUACUCAUGGACUUGAACUUGUUCAAGUUGGAUCACAGUUAUUUCUUCACAUCAUUCUUACUUCUCGAUUUGUAUCAACAACUCCCCGCAUGCUUCAACGCGUAACACAUCCUUGGUCAUUUCAAUUCUAUUAUUAUUACCCAAUUCAUAUCCUAAUUCUCGUUAUUACCAUCACUUAUUCUGUGAUUAAUCCUUUAAUCUUAAUAUUCUCACUUAUCUAUUACGCUACAGCAUUAGUUGUAUUCAAGCAUCAGUUUGCAUACUGUUAUGUACGUCGAUACGAAACAGGAGGGAAAUUCUAUCGACGCGUUUUUCGUUAUUCAACAGAUGGUUUGAUUAUAUUUCAGCUUACCAUGAUUGGUUUGAUAUGGUUGCGUAAAGGAAUUGUGGUUGGCGCUGUGUUAGUACCUCUUUUGAUAGGCACCGGGUAUUUUAAAUAUUAUUGUCAUAAGACAUUUUAUUCCAGAACGCAUUAUUUAGCUUUGGAUUCCAAACAACAUAAUCGUGUACAGAAUGAACAAAAUGAGCAAAGUAGGAAUCAUGUUGCUAAUACGAAUGAAAAUAUUGGUGUAUUAUCAGAGAAAGUAUUAAUUGAUUCAACCGAACCUUCUCAUGUCGAGAAAGAAACUGCUGCAGAAAAUAAGGGUAAAACUAUCAAAAUUAAAAGUUCUAAUAUAGGUGGUAUAUCAAAUAAUAAGGAAGGUGAUAUUGGAAUAGGUUCAAUGUUUUCGAGACGUACAAAUGGAUUUAGUAGGUUGGAAGGAAAUGAUAGCACGGACAGUGAGACUAGUAGUUUUACUAGCACAAAAAAAGAUUCCGUUAAAAAAAAUGUAGUCAUUGUGGAUACUAUCGAAAGCAAUAGUCAAAGUUCAAAGGAUGAUGUCAAGAAUAAAAAUUCAAAAAGUUCUUUAGAAAUGGUUAGAAUAUCUACGGAAAAAUCACAUCAUAACUCGUCAGAUAAAGUUUUUAACAUACAAAGGUCGAGUUCAUUACCUCAAUUUGUGAUUUUGUCGAAUGAACAAGAUAAAGAGAGCGCAAAUGGUACCAUUACUAGUUCAAUUAUUAAUUUACCAACUAAAUUACUUAAAUCUAAAGUAGCUUUAGCUACAGGGUCAACGGAUAAUAUGAUCAAUCAUGAUAAUAGUUCAGGUUCAAGUCAAAUUCAAGAGAUAUCCACUAAAGCUAAUAAAGUAUUAACAAUCGUAUCUCCAGAAGCCAGAAGCAAUCAUCUUAAUGUACAAAUCAUUUCACCGGUUGGAUAUUCGAGACAUGCUUCACGUUUACCUUCAAGAGGAAAUCUACGAGGAUGUUAUCAUCCAGCACAUUUUACACAUGAUCCAAAUCUUAAAGUACUUCAGGAUGAAACAUCAACAUACCAAACUUACACACAUCCGAAUCUUGUUAAAGCUUUAAAUCGUAAACUUUGGCUACCUCGUAAUCCUCUAAAGAAAAUUUCUGUAGAGGAUAAUGUUGAAUUAGAUAAAGCAUUGACAUCUAGUGAAGGAGGACCUGGUAUCGUUGGAUACUGGGGUGCCUCUUCGCCAUUUUUAGGUGAAGCCAGAGUCAGUAUUUAUGGAGAUCAUGAAUUUCCUUCAAGAUUAUUUCAUUUACGAAGAGCGACAAGUGAAGGAGAAAACCAAAAUGUGAGACAUGAACGAAGAUGUACAGAAGAUGGACAAGUUGUUUUUCAAAGGGCUGAAGAAAAUAUAGUCAGUUUAAAAGAAUUUGGAAGUGAAUUAGCACCAGGUGAAUUAUCAAGUGGAGAAGAAUAUUAA